GUGGGCGUGUCCAUGCCCCGUUGCCCCGCCCCCCCGACCUCUGACCCCUCCCUUAGCCCCGCCCCCUGCUUCCGGAUCUGCCCGGGCCGGAAGGUGCUGUGGCUGAGGGGGCGGGACCAACUGCUGUCACUCAGCUCGGCCCCGCCCCCCGGCCCCGCCCACUGCCUAUGGGUGGUGGUGGGCGGGGACAGGCCGUGUAGCCCCGCCCCUUCGCCUGGCCACGCCCCCUCCUCGGACAACGCCUCUCAUGUUGGCCCCGCCCCUUCCAUUGGCCCCGCCCCCUCGCCUGGCCCCGCCCCCCCGCCCUGCCCCUCGCUGUCCAUCAUGGUGCUGCCCCGCCCCCAAGGUGGCGGCGGCUGUCAGGAUGUUUACACCUUCCUCUUCGAUGGGAUCCCAGCGUCGCUGCUCGGGGGGGGGCUGCGGGGCGACCCCAAAGUGCUGGGGGCGUUUUGUGGGGGGGGGCCAACCCGACCCCAAAUGUUG